CAGCCAAAAGCUAUGCUGAGAGCUUUCGAGGAUAUCAUCCGUACACCAAACUUCAAAGCGUCCCAGGCCUACCAUCUGAGUAUGCUGUAUAGGGGAGUGGGCAACUCUCGUGUGGACUGCACAACUCUACCCAGAAUUGACCUCACUCUAUGGCGAGACCAACCUCAACCCAGCACUUACCGCCAACCAAGACAGCAGGCUCAUGCAGCCGUGGGCACGGUCCAAUUGUCAAGAACUCCCAAGUACAACCCAAUCAGGCAGAUUUAUCGAAAUUUCAAUUAUAGAGCAUACGGUCGACCCUCACAGAGAUACUACUUCAACAAUAAUAGGUUGCCAAAUAGAUACGGAGGGCGUUAUGCUAUGAGGUACUUCAGGAAGUAACUUCUGAGCAUUAGUCGAAUAAUAUUGGUUUUGGGACUGUGUUGUUACCUAUAUCAUACCAACUGUGAACAGUAAUGAGGUAAAGGAAUAAAACGUGAGUUUUUUUUAAAUCGCACCCUACUUGGCCGUUUAUCUUCGUCUCUGUCAUUAGUGGAGCUGACCAUAUGACCGAACUCCGCCCAUGUCCCUGACUUAAUGCCAUUCUUUCAGACACGUAUCAGAUUAGCUCAUAACACUAAUAUCACAGGUGUGUACGCAGUGAUGAUUUUGAUAACCAAGUGGUUAACACUAGACGAAGGAACCAAGUGUAUCGGUGAACAGUUCAAACAAAAAGGGAGAUGGGCAGGGUAAUUUUCGUGUGAUUAUUAAAGUGCGAAGGGAAGUAUUCCAUUUAAAAUUGUUCGGGAUUUUGCCAAUGGAAUACACUAAAAAUUUUUGAAAGGUAAUAAAACUUGGUGGACUUGAUUCCUGCAUUCUACCUUUCCUGCCAGUAUGAUAAAAUUUUGAAAUUUAAUGAAUAUUUUCAGAUAAAAUGUCUCAUGUGGUUAGUCUUAAAGAGCGGUUAAUCCCAACUGAAUGGUAAUUCCGUUUUCAAAAGAGCAUUUGGAGAAAUGUCCAUUUACAGAUUAUACCUCUUGUGCAAAUUAGGCUGGUGUUUUAAAUAUGAAUGUCACAUAAAUGGAGCAAAUUGUAAAAAAAAAUAUUGGUAAAAGGUUUAAAACUUUCGCUAUAUAAUUACUAUCUGUAAUGUCAAAGGCGCCUUCUUUGAGGCAUCAGGAAUUACAAGUUUUCAAUGUGCCAUUGAAUAGCCAGCAUUGAGUCAAUUUAUGGAAAUCAUUUCGUGGACAGUGUCAGAGUACACACCUUUCACUGCGUUUACAUUAAGUUUAUUUUAAGUUAAGAAUAGAUAGUUUUUAUAUGUUAGAUACGUAAGGCACUAGAGAAUAAAUUACGUUCAUCAUAUAGGUUUUGGCUUGACCUGGUUUAUGUGUAUUAAUAUUCACUACAGAUUAUUUGUAAACCUUUGAAGUUAAAGCUAGAGUUAAAAGGAAAGGAAAAAUUCCUCCUAUUGGAGGGUUUCUUCCUUUUUCUGUGCACAAAAUAUUUAGAAUGUCUCUGAAAUGAAGAAAAAUUUCAGAGAGGUCUGUUUCCAUCUCUGGGUAAUGUGCAUUGAUUGCACACUUAAUAAUUUACUUCAUUCCUGAUGAUUCAGGGUAAAAUUUGUGUUCUCUAGAUUGACUAUAACUUAUUCUUGAAUCCAGAUGUGUCUGAUAAUGUAUCGCAUGUCAAGGAGAAUAUCUUUAUAUCUAUAUAGUAUAUGGGUCUGAUUAAAUCAUCAACCGCAUACAAUAAUCAUUAAAUUGAGUGAAGGUGUUGGUAUUGGUCACACGUCAUGUGUCACACGUUGGCGAGUGCAUUUUGAUAAUUAUCUGGUACAUUAUGGAAUUUAUAUUACAGACAGAUGAUACGUCCACUCCUUGUUGUAUUCACGCCUGAGUGAGUUGCUAUUGAGGGUAAU